GUCCGAAAGAGCUCGCACUCCAGCUUUGCGUUCAGACCGGCACAGACGCUCUCAGUCUCUCUCCGACCUACCUCUUAAACUUCUUUUGGAACACUCGGUGCAGCCGCCCAAACAAUAAUCAGCCAUGGAUGCCAUCAAGAAGAAGAUGCAGAUGCUCAAGCUCGACAAGGAGAAUGCCUUGGACAGAGCUGAACAGGCUGAGGGAGACAAGAAGGCAGCUGAGGAGAGAAGCAAACAGCUCGAGGAUGAUCUGGUAGCACUGCAGAAGAAACUGAAGUCAACUGAGGAUGAGUUGGACAAGUACUCCGAGGCUCUUAAGGAUGCCCAGGAGAAAUUGGAACUGGCUGAAAAGAAAGCCGCCGAUGCUGAGGGUGAUGUAGCUUCCCUGAACAGACGCAUCCAGCUGGUUGAGGAGGAGUUGGAUCGUGCCCAGGAGCGUCUGGCCACUGCCCUGCAGAAGCUGGAGGAGGCUGAGAAGGCUGCAGAUGAGAGCGAGAGAGGCAUGAAGGUCAUUGAGAACAGGGCGUCCAAGGAUGAGGAGAAGUUGGAGAUGCAGGAGAUCCAGCUUAAGGAGGCCAAGCAUAUUGCUGAGGAGGCCGACCGCAAAUAUGAAGAGGUGGCCCGUAAGCUGGUGAUCAUUGAGGGUGAUCUUGAACGUACAGAGGAACGUGCUGAGCUGUCUGAAGGCAAAUGCUCUGAGCUUGAGGAAGAGUUGAAAACUGUGACCAACAACCUGAAGUCACUGGAGGCCCAGGCUGAGAAGUACUCACAGAAGGAAGACAAGUAUGAGGAGGAGAUCAAGGUCCUCAGUGACAAGCUGAAGGAGGCUGAGACUCGCGCUGAGUUCGCUGAGAGAUCAGUAGCCAAGCUUGAGAAGACCAUUGAUGACCUGGAAGACGAGCUGUACGCCCAGAAACUCAAGUACAAGGCCAUCAGCGAGGAGCUGGAUCACGCUCUCAACGACAUGACUUCCAUAUAAAUUGUUCCCCAGAUCACAUCAGAGACGCCUCCUGCCGGCUGAGCACCUUCUCUCAGUUCCUUUCCCCUUCCUUUCCCGCCCUUUCCUUCACUCCACCGCCUCCUGUGUCAGAGCACGCCCUUCACCGCCGCUCGGCCCAUCUCUUGUACAGAACCCAUGCAAACAUUUUGCUCUGUGUAAAAUAAACUUCCUUCCAUCUA